AUGAAGUUCUUCACCGCUGCUAUUGUUUCAUCUCUCCUCGCCAUCGCGAGCGCCACCCCUACGCUGCAGUGCUCUGAGGCUGACAGAUUCGGUGGUGUCGCCGUCUCUCCUACGACCUUCGCAGCGGGUGAUAACGUCCAGAUCAGCGCGGACUUCACCUGUGCAGUCCAGCACUACGGACACAUCCCCAAGUACACCGAUUACUACAUCGAAGUGCCCCAGGGAAACAACGGCCACGAGCCUCCUAUCCUGCUCGCUCGCCGUGAGCCUGCUGCGGGUGCUACGUCGGACUCGUUCUCCGUUCAGAUCCCUCACGCGUACUACUUCGGGGACGCCAGCUACGUAGUCAUCAUGGACGUGACCUUCGCAUCCAACGGUACUGACGGCAGCCCCUACUAUUCCGUCGGUGGCGUCGAGGCUCCCGUCAUCAUCACGGGUGCUACCAACUAA